AUGGCUCAAGCAUUAGUUACUGGUAAAGAAGGCGACCAAACGAAUAUUCAUAGAGGAAAAGGAUCUACAGAUCCAGAGAAUCCUGAACCUAAAGGAGGAAAUCCAGGUCAUUACAAUGCCUGCUUUGAUUAUGUCAAGCUUUUAUCAAAGGCAAUGCUGAUUGUUCUUGGACUAGGUAUGGCAACAUUCCCAUCUUAUGGAACUACGGAGAUACAGAAGAUAAGGAACAAGAAAGAAAAGCACAAAUGGGCUGUUCAGAUCAUGGACAAGCUACUAGAAAGUGCUUUGAUGUAUGAAUAUGAAGACAGUGGCGGUAUGAACCCGCAGGCAGCAACAACUGAUGAAACAAGGCCAUACAAAAUUUCUGAUGGUGGCCACCAUAUCACCCUUGGAGACAUUCAAGUACCAGAAGGAGUCAUUGGAGAAGGGUCAUUGCAGCCAGAAAUGACACAGAAUAAAACCCCUGAGAUGGAAAAGACGGAAACACCGAUAUUGAUUGCUUCUAAGAAUGGUGUGAUUGAAAUGGUGGAAAAAAUCCUUGAAUUAUUCCCAACGGCCAUCCACGACGUUGACUCAAAGGACAAGAAUAUUGUGUUGUUGGCUGUGGAGAACAAGCAAACCAAUGUGUACCAACUGUUACUAAACAGCGGUCAUCUGAUGAAAGAUAGGGAGUUCGGUAAAGUGGAUAUUGAUUGGAAUAGUGCGUUACACCUCGCAGCGAGGUUGGGAAACAAUAAGCCUUGGCUAAUUGUUGGCCCUGCCCUGCAGAUACAAUGGGAAGUCAAAUGGUUUGAGUACGUGAAAAACUCCAUGGCAGCCCACUCCUUCUUCCGCUACAAUAGGGAUAACAAGACUGCAGAGGACAUCUUCACUGAAUCCCACAGUGAACUCGUCCAAGAAGGGGUGAAGUGGCUCUCCAAGACCUCCGAGUCCUGCUCCCUUAUCGCCUCCCUUGUCGCCACCGUGUCCUUUGCUACAGAAACCACCAUUCCCGGCGGCAUCAAAGACGAAUCUGGAAGACCAAUCCUGGCAAACCAGCCAGCCUUUUGAAGUGUUUGCUGUAUCAUCACAUAGCCCUCUGCUUAUCAGCGACGUCUAUGUUUAUAUUCCUGUCCAUCCUCUCGUCUCGAUGGCAACAGAAGGACUUUGCAUUGGAAGUGCCUCGGAAGCUUUUGCUGGGCCUGACUUCGCUCUUCGUGUCCAUGGUUUCCAUGAUGGUUUCUUUUUGCGCCGGGCAUUUCUUUAUGCUUAAAGAUAAGCUCGGACAGGCUGCGCUGCCGGUUUAUGUAAUGACGUGCUUCCCUGUAGCCUAUUUUCUUGUAGCGCAAUUUCCACUGUAUAUUGAUCUCAUUAGGGCUAACUUUAACAAGGU